AUGCGAAACAUACUAUCAUCGCUCUGUCUAUACUCGUUUGCAGUUGCAUUUCCUCAGUCUUUUCUACCUCGAGACGACCUCCCAGAUCCAUGGGCUUCUGAUCCCACGUCACCUCCGGCCAAUAUCUCCUUCCCCAGUGGCAUUCCUUCGAACCCCUAUCCUUCAGGUAUCCCCGACCUUCCCGAUCUAUGUGAUGGUAAUAACCCAAAUGACAACUGUUUCAAUACACUGGCCAGCGGUUCAGGUGGAUACCUAUACUUCGACAAGAACUCUGGCUGCAGCGACAGUCAGAAGAGCAUGAUCCAGACCGCGGUUUGGGAUGCCACUACACUUGCAAAUUAUGCAUCCACAUUUCCUGGGCCCAAUAUCCAUGCUCAGCAAUCCGGCCGCUUCUGGAUGGGUGCUGGAUACCAAGCACAAGCAAAUAGAAUAUCUGGCAAUUUCAAACGCGUAGCCGAGUUCAAGACCAGCAAGACCUCUAGUAGGGCUUACAUUACUAUGAGCUGUAAGGAUCCCAAGAACAAGUGUUCUAUGGAUAUGAGGGGCAAAACUAUCGGAGGCUAUGCUUGGUCGGUCAACGGGUGGUUCGGAUGGUACAACUAUAUCGCAUUUUGCCCUCCGUUCUUCACGCUGGACGACCUCGGCGAGAAGCUCAACUUAGUAGAACAGGGACUGGCAAGCGGCAAUACCAAGUACGCGAGAGAUAUGAACUGGCUUGGAACUACCGGAUCGUAUUUCCUUCAUGAGAUGAUGCACACUCGAAUCGCAACUGGUGGUAUCGAACCUGACAUCCUUGACCAGCAAUUGAAGACGGAUCCCAAGGCUCACAGCAAACCGGUCUACGGCCCUGGACUAGUGGCUAGAUUGGCUGCUAACGAGACUGAUGCAAAGAGAGCCUCUUGCAAUGCCGAUAGCUACGCAAUGCUCGCUAACAGCAUGUGGUGGUGGGAUACGACCGGAUACUUUCCUGGGCUACCCAAGCCAAAGAAAGGAAUAGACCAACCAGCGGAUGAUCCUGUUUCUGGAACCGAGGUCUCGGCAGACGAUGAUGAUGACUUCCCAAUCUCCCUUUGGGUCGACCUGGGAAAUGUCACAACACCGCAAGAUGCCAAUUUCGACAGCUUAUUCGCUGCUGAACUUCAAAGCUUCCAAGACACAGAUGAUGAGGACGCCGCCAAUACCGAUGCAGAGGCCUCAAGUGACCCAGUACCUGCGCCUACUACAUCUGAGGCAGCUGCACCAGCAGAAGCAACCGCCCCUCCACCUCCGCCUCCACCUCCGCCGCCCCCAGCUGCCGACAUCUGUGGUGAUUGGUACAAGUUCCUCUUCGACCAUUUUGAGAUAUACGGCCGCAACUUCGAUGCAGACAAGUUUGGCACUGAUGGCUCAGGUCUCAAGCAUCAGAUUAAAGGCUGUGGAGAUCUGACUUAUUGGACAUUCAAGACUCUUACAGACGAUCCGCAAGGAUAUCAGUGGUAUGCCAAGGGUGACUUGCCUGUUGGUACAAAGGCUUGUGUAGGUCGCGCCGUUGUGUCUGCCGGAGGUGCUUCACCUGAUGGUUGUACGGGUGCUGGUUAA